UGUUGGAAACAGUUUGUCCGAAACGAGCCUCUGCUGGCGUUUAAUGUAACUACAGCGAUCCCAAUACGGUAAAACGUAAAAUGUCAGGAAUUGUUAACGCCAGCGCACAAAUGACAAGCUAAGCAGCUAGCUGGAAGCUAGCCUUGGCUGAGAUGUCGGCUGCUGUACUUCACAAACCGUUCUGCCGACAACCGUUUAUGUAACAGUUGCAUAUGACGUGCAAGUCGGCCAAUAAAGAACGCAAGUGUAAUGCUAACGUUAAUGGGCAAUUGACAGGUAUUCGAGUAUUGAUGUUCGUCUAACGUUAGCUGGUUAGCUAGCUUGCUAACAUGCUAACGUUAGCACCGACCUUUUGUUUGUAGUUUGAUUGAGACGGGAUUCAGAGCAGCUAACAAAUUUAACAUUUUAAAGUGGAAGACAUCCAACGUUGGGUAAUUUUUUACUAGCAUCAACGACUCAAGAAGUUACCGAGGUCUAAUUUAAAGUCAAUGACUAACGUUAACUAGACAUUAAAUGAACGUUACUUUUAUGGUUUCUAUCUGCUAUGACUUCUAGGUUAGUCACAGGUCUCGUGAUCCAGCAUUUGUGGGUAAUUUGAACGAACACCACAGCAAUUAAUCAUUACAACGUAAAUGUUCCCUUAAUUGGACGUGUUGAUUGAAUGCUGGGGUUCCUGAUGCUGUUGCAUUGUUUUGCCCUCGUUAACCUGAAUGCAUUGGACAACAUACGUGGAAGCACCUUUCUGUUUGAGCGAAUCCAAUCCAACCGCACCACAAACUACAGCCUCAUCCUCCAUCAUCAUCGUCGUCAUCAGUAGAAAGCUGCACCAAAAACUCCGGAAACCGAUACAACAUAACUUAAUCCGUGAUGGACUCCAGGUCUCGCAGGAUUCCUUCCUGUCUGGCCAGCUCAAGGACGUCCUACACAUCCAGCCCAACAGUCUCGUCGCCGUCACUGGGAUCCAGCAGGUUGUACAGUAGGGACACCACGUUGAAUAAUGACCGCUUUCCAACGCUGAAUAACGACCGCCUUCCAAGGGCGUCAUCGGCUUACAAGUCAGAGCUGGACCCCCAGAGCUAUCGUCUCCUGAGCUCGUCCAGAGACUAUGGCGGUUCCGGCUGUCGCUCUAGCAACUGGAAGUUGCCGUCCUCCCUGACGUCCUCCAGCAGAGCUUAUGAUCGCCCGUGGGCCGAGUCGUCUCUCAGCAGCAGGAGCAAACUGACUGAUACAGAGGGGAGGUUGGGAAUGCGCUCUGGUCUGUUGAACGUCAGUGAUGAUGGCGAGUCUAAAAGAGCCAAGCUGUCGUACAGCAACCGAGCACUGUACUCGAGAACCACAAGCUGCUCCUGUACAGGAUCCGCCUAUUCCACAUCUGGGCUCAGGAGUGGCAGAGUUACGGGGGAAAAACAGAGCGACACUUGUUCCUGCCGUUUACUCUCGCGGCCGUCGUCUUCAUCCUCAAAUCCGCUUUCGGCGAGGAGAGAGCUGGAGACGAAGAACGAGUCCAUUCUCUCAGGUUUGGGAGAAAGAAGGGUCAGGACUCCUGGAUCUGCUUCCUCUUUGUAUCAGAGCAACAGGGUGACUUCAACCUAUGCACAGGGUGCUCGGCCUAAAGAGUCCACCUACUAUCCCUCCUUUUCUUCCUCUUUGUCAUCGUCCUCCGCCGCCAGAGAAAGCUCCCUGAAUCGCCACCUCUCAUCUCCCCCCUCCCACUGCCUUUCUCCCCCCGUGCGCGACUACAGCAACAGGAGCGCAUCCCGCUUCCUGAGCGGUUCAUCCACCACCCACCCAUCUCUGGGACAGACGAGGAACGUCGCCGCCUCCUCCUCCUCCUCCUCCUCCUCAAGUAUCGCUUCCUCUUACGGCUCGCACACCUCCAGGUACGCCGUGCCGCUGCCAAGACCGGAGACGGCUCUCCCGCCUAGACCGGCGCCCGAAGGCCGAGAGUUAGAGGGCCGCAGCUCCACUCGAAGCCUUUUGUCCCGCCUCUUCUCGCGGCGCUCCAGCCAAGACUCUUCCAGUGGGUCUUCCAGCGUGCGCUCCCUCGACGACGACAGCCCGUCAACCGGCGGCGAGUCCUUGGACGGCGACGACGGCCCCGGUGUGGAGUCCGGCACCGAGGCGACCUCGGGGGGCCGCGGGAGUCGAAGAGCGGACCUGGCGCCAAUCAAGGAGAACAACGAGGGCUACCGCGGCGGCCUGACCGAGGAGAGCACGCCAUCGUGGAGAGAGCCUGGCGUCGGCAGUAGUAGUAACGACGGCAGCAGAAGAGGAAGCGGCAGCUACUCCUGGCUGUCCUCCUCCCUCCGUUGCCACUGCCCUCCCCUCCUCUCUCGCCUCAGAAGACACACUCGGGACGACAGCGCGCAGCCCGCCGAAGGCUCAGAAGAAGGCCGCCCGCAGCGUUUCCUGAGAAGGUGGGAUGACCUUGAGCAUAAAGCUACGCAGGAAGAUGAUGAUGAUGAUGAGGAGGAAGAAGAUGAAGCCGAAGGAGCUGUUGGUCUUGAGGUCUUUGGCAUGGGUCGUCCACGCAGAGAGGAGGAUGAGACGUUGCCUGAACUCCAAGACACCUCAGCCGCAUUUUCGCCACGCGGCAGAGCCGGCGUCUUGGGUCCACUGGGUCCACUGGGUCCACUGGGUGCACUGGGUGCUGCUGAGAGCCGGGCGGACAAACCCGUUUCCAGUACGGAUCAGGAGAAGCUGCGCAAGCUCAAGGAGAGACUCCUGCUGGAGGAUUCUGACGAGGAAGAAGGCGACCUGUGCCGAAUCUGCCAGAUGGGGCGGGAAUCUGCUUCCAACCCCCUGAUUCAGCCGUGCCGCUGCACGGGCAGCCUGCUGUACGUCCACCAGGACUGCAUCAAGAGGUGGCUUCGCUCCAAAAUCAGCUCUGGCACAAACCUUGAGGCCAUCACAACAUGUGAACUCUGCAAGGAGAAACUGCGGUUGAACAUAGACAACUUUGACAUCCAGGAGUUAUACAGGACCCACGUGCAAUCGGAAUACAAUGAGUUCAUCAGCAGCGGCCUUUAUCUGGUGGUGCUGCUGCAUUUCUGUGAGCAGAGGUUCUCCGAUGUACUGGGUGCAGUCGAUGCUGCCGGGUUAUUCAACCUGGUGAGCAUUCUUCAUGAACACAUGGACGAUCUUGAAAUUCCCCACGAGGAAAGUGACGAGGAGAUACAAGACAACAGACCAUCCAUUGACUUCUCCGACCUGGACGACGAUCUCGAAGAAGACUACUAAUUGUGGAUGGAGGGUAAAGAAAAGUGGGUCACUCCAUGCCAUAUGCUAGCUCCACCAGUGUUCACACAUGCAUCGCAACAUAGUCAUGUUCAUCAAAUGCAAUGGCAGGGAUGUGCAAACUCUGAAAUGAACUGGAGCCUAAAUAUUUUGGUUGGUACUACUGUAUUUGAGAGUGCACUUUAUUCAAUUAUAACUAAAUAAAAGAUGCAAGUAUUUUUAAACCACAAGUGCUUUAAUGUUUAAAUGGAAAGGCAAGAAUUGAAAUGCUGUAGGACAACAAUCAAUUUGUUCUUGACGGUGAUGAAUGGAAAGAACUUCACUCAUUCAUCUGUUUGAAAUGCUUUGUUUGUACAAAUCUAGUUUAAUGUGUUUUUGAAAUAAACUGAUUGCAAACUGCC